AUGACACCGGUGAAAUCUAACAACAAUUACAUGACACCGGUGAAAUCUAACAACAAUUACAUGACACCGGUGAAAUCUAACAACAAUUACAUGACACCGGUGAAAUCUAACAACAAUUACAUGACACCGGUGAAAUCUAACAACAAUUACAUGACACCGGUGAAAUCUAACAAUAAUUACAUGACACCGGUGAAAUCUAACAACAAUUACAUGACACCGGUGAAAUCUAACAAUAAUUACAUGACACCGGUGAAAUCUAACAAUAAUUACAUGACACCGGUGAAAUCUAACAAUAAUUACAUGACACCGGUGAAAUCUAACAAUAAUUACAUGACACCGGUGAAAUCUAACAACAAUUACAUGACACCGGUGAAAUCUAACAACAAUUACAUGACACCGGUGAAAUCUAACAACAAUUACAUGACACCGGUGAAAUCUAACAAUAAUUACAUGACACCGGUGAAAUCUAACAAUAAUUACAUGACACCGGUGAAAUCUAACAACAAUUACAUGACACCGGUGAAAUCUAACAAUAAUUACAUGACACCGGUGAAAUCUAACAACAAUUACAUGACACCGGUGAAAUCUAACAAUAAUUACAUGACACCGGUGAAAUCUAACAACAAUUACAUGACACCGGUGAAAUCUAACAACAAUUACAUGACACCGGUGAAAUCUAACAAUAAUUACAUGACACCGGUGAAAUCUAACAACAAUUACAUGACACCGGUGAAAUCUAACAAUAAUUACAUGACACCGGUGAAAUCUAACAAUAAUUACAUGACACCGGUGAAAUCUAACAAUAAUUACAUGACACCGGUGAAAUCUAACAACAAUUACAUGACACCGGUGAAAUCUAACAACAAUUACAUGACACGGUGA